GCAAGAGAGCGGGCGGCCAGGCGAGCGCGUCAGGCGCACCCGUGCGGAAUUCUCUCGCUCGGGCUGGAAUUUAGGAGCUGAGCGAGGCUUUUCCAAAUCGCUUUCCUGACGCGAGCGGCGCCUGAUCGGCUCCUGCUUUCUCCCCUGCGGGCGAUGGCUACCUCGGAGCGGCAGCCCGGGACCUCUCCACACCGGGACUCGUGGCGUCAGACCGUUCUUCUCCUGAGGAAGAUGCGCUCCGAUGUCAGCAGCCUCCUGGAAUGCUACGUUGAGAAGCAAGAUCUGGCACAAACCUUCAACCUUGAUUUGAUCGAUGUUGAUUUGAUCGAUGGAGUACCUCUAGCUGAUGUUGAAGAAUGGAAUGAGAUUUCAGAUGCUGAGCGUCUGGGGAGCAACUUACAAGCUUAUUGGGCAUUUCAGAUUCUGUUGGAUCAAAUCUUGGAAGAGCAGAGAACUGAUUUAACCCCAGAGGAUGUAGCUUUCCAUGAAUCUAUCCAAUCAGUUUUGCUGCAAGUUUCUGCUUUAGCUUACCAACUGGAGGAGCUGAUGGUAACACUGAAGCACAAUGUGCCAGCUAAAGAGGUAAAAAAUACAAAAAACCCUGAUGAAAACAGCUUAUUUGAAAGGAAAAUAAGGGGCAUGAAGGUGCUACAGGAGCUUGCCCAAUGGACGGUCAGGUCAGUUCGAGACCUUCACAAAAUCUCUACAUCUGUUCAGGUAUCACCCACUGCUGAGGGUGACAGCGUGACUCAGGCCCAGGAAAAAUAAGGAUUCUGUUGGAUUCUUAAAGCUUCUUUAAAACAACGUCUCUCCCUCGUUUGUGGUAUUUAGGUUGAAGCAGUAUGGCCAGCCUGAGCAUGCGGAGAAGAUUGGAAUGAGUUCCCCUCCCAUCCAUAUUAGUCUAUACAGGAUGCAGCCCAUUCCUGAGUGGUGAAGAAUUUCAAGAGUACCAGUGCUACUUGGUGACCCUAGGCUUGUAGUGUUGUUGUACUAUAAGGUUUCUUUGCAAAUAUAUGCAGGCUGAGCACCAGAUGAGUAUUCAUAAUAUUAACACUCCAAUGGAUUCCUGUUUCCUGGGAGUUCUGCCAGGAAACUCUCUUUGCCUCUGUCUAGUUCCAGCCUAGACUAAUUCUGUGCUGCGUACAUACCAUUCACUAAUCUCCUCCCCGUGAUUCUUCAAGGAGGAAAGACUCAUCUUCUUCCAUUGCAAAGUUAUUGCCAGUGUGUUUCUGGCUGCCUUCUUCUUUGCUGAGAACUUAACCAUAACUAGCAACAGCCCCUGUGGUAGCUUUUCAGGCCCACUGCCUUGGGACAGUGAUUUUCCAAGAAUGGCCCACGGAGUUUCAUGUGGUAGUGUGUUGCAUCCUCCCCAUGCCCCUCCAACCCAGUGGGGUACCUAGCAUGUCUGAUGCCCAAAGCAGAUCAUUUUUAUCACCUCCCUCUUCUCUCACCAAGAACUACUUUGGUGUAAGAUCCUGUCAUAAGCAUGAAGCCAGCUGGGCCACUCACUCUCUCUCGUACCCUUGGGGAGAAAGCAAUGGUAAACCGUUUCUGAAAAUGUUGGCAACGCAACUGCAAAGAGAACUCGUCAAAGUCAAAUCUGACUUUAAGGCACACCCUUUUCCUUCAUCACUACUGCACCUGCCAAUUGUCAUUCAGCAGAUUAGCAUGUUGGAACGGUAACCCAGAUCCACACCUGCAGCUUGUCUCCUUGUCGUCUUUGGCAGCCCUCCCCUUGUCUCUUACCUGGGGGAGGGAAUGGAUCGCUCUCCCACCCCUUCCAUAGUAUUGUUUCAGCCAGGCUUCUGUCUAUUUUUUCAGUAAUUGGGUGGUCAGUUGACUUUAAUCAAUGUCUGGAUGGGUGGAAAAGGUCAGAAUUGUCCUGAGAAGCCACUCGCCAGAGUCAGCCCUCUACUUCAGGGGUCUCCAACCUUGGUCCCUUUAAGACUUGUGGACUUCAACUCCCAGAGUUCCUCAGCCAAUCAAUAAAAAAAAUACUUGAUUUUGGAUUACAUUUUUGGUACAAAUUUGACUUUUAAGAGGCCUUUACAGUAAAAAUGCAGGGGAUGGGAAGAAAUACAAUUAUAUAGCCAUAAUUUUAUUUGCCGGAUAAGGCAAGGUUCCAUAUUCUUUGUUUAAUUGGAUGGUCAUCACAUUUUCUCUGAAUUGUUUCUUCAGAUGGCCAUAAUUUCAGAAAGUCUGAGAAACAUAGCUCUAGGGCAACCAUACUGAGGCCCUACUUAAAGCAUUUUCUCCCUCAACAGUUACAAGCAGAGUUCAAGUAUCCACAGUGAUGAGCCACAGUGGUGCAGUGGAUAGAGUGCAGUACUGCAGGCUACUUCUGUUGACUGUGGCUGACUGCAAUUUGGUCGUUCAAAUCUCACUAGCUCCAAGUUGACUCAGCCUUCCGAGGUGGGUAAAAUCUGGGUAAAUGCCCCAAAUUGUUGGGGGCAAUAUGCUGACUCUGUAAACCACUUAGAGAGGGCUAGAAAGCACUGUAAAAUGAUAUAUGUAAGUCUAAGUGCUAUCCUGUGAAACCUUAAAGUGGUCAUUAGAUUUUGGUUUAGCAUGUUGUAUAAGUAAGGCACUGUAGUUUAUAAGUUUUUUCCAAUAGCAUUUGAACCCACCAAUUGUGGACUAGUUAAUAAACCAUGAUUAAACGAACUGUGAUUAAAUAGAAAGGAAUUGGAUUCAGAUUAACCAUCUUUUAUUUUCAUUACAUAAUUUCUUUUCUUGGAACUUUUAGAGCGGGUGAACUUAGUUUAGUUUAGUUUAUUGUCAUUGCACCUUAUACAAUGAAAUUAAAUGCGAUCUUCAGUGUACAUCAUACAUAAGAAAACUAUAAAAAUAGAACAAAAACAUACAUCCUUCACAUUCUUUAAAAUUGAAUUGAAUUAACUGCAUUAAUAUUACAAUUCUAUACAGUAGAAUUCAACAUAGUUAUUGCUCUGGGAUAGAAGCUGUUUUUCAGUCUAUUUGUCCUUGUUUUUAUUGUAAAGAACAAAACGUAAAGUCCUUUUCUUAAGGUGGAAGAAUAUAGAUUAAUGCUAUUAUUGAAGCCAACAUGAUCAAAGUAUAUUGUUACAUUUCUUUUUUUCCCCUCCCACUUAGCUAUCCUAAAUGCAUAACACAAUACUGCCGAGGUUGGCAUUCAGGAAUGUUUCUUUGGGUCUCUCCUUUCCAUUUUCAUUAGCAAGAGGCCAUGGUGUUCAAAUGGGGCACAAAAGAAAUAGGUGUAUUUUUAAGGAUGUUAAAUCAUUCCAAGUUCUAGUAUUUAGUAUGAAGGAAUUUGGCCAAGAAAUCAUUUCUGUAAGUUUAUAUGCAGAUCAGUUUCAGACAACUAUAAAAAAAUAAAUAGGAUUCUAUAGUAUUUAUAACUCUACAUGCUUAAAUCUGAAAAACCAAUGGAAGUAUGUAGUGUAGGAUUGAGGGCUAUUUUUCAUUUUGGAGGCCGAAAUCUCUAUUUGGUAACCUUAGACAAAUAUAGGACAAGAUUAUUUAGUGCAUAAAAUAAAUUGGGAAGGAAUUCCAUCUCUUUCUCUCCGUCUCUCCCCAAAAGGAAGAUUAUGGAAAUGGAUUUAUGCAUGUGGUAGAAGGUACAACGGAUUUGUGAUAAUCUCUCAGAUUUUUGUACCAGAGUAAUCCAAGGAUUGCUUGCCAGGGGAAGAGUAAAUAGAAUUCAGUAACAACACUGAUGCAGUGCAAAAACUGACGGACAUUAUUUUUGUACAGUCAAAGUUAAAACAAAUUAUUUUAAAAUAGGCUGUUCUGUAAUAUAAUAUAUUUGUGGGUAUGUUUUUUUUCACAUAUAGAAUAAAUAAGGAAAAAAAUCAUUAAGCAAAAAAAUUCAGUUCUAUGAACAUAAUCAACCUUAAUUUGGAGAAACUAAGCAUUUUGGUGACAAAAAUGAAGACAAAAAAAAAGAGGAAGAAUAGAAAGAAUGUGAAUAGAGAACUGUAAUAAAGGCUAUGGCAGUUUUGCAUUUGUAUUGUACUUCCAGGCAACCAUCUAUUUCAUUGCCCAAGUCUUCUGAUUUCCAGAUUAAAAUGAAGAAGCAACGAUUGGCCUGUACUGAACAUACAGGAAUGUACUGGUUAUUUUAGGACACAAUGGGCAUGCUUAUGUCAUAGCAAGUCUGCAGCUCGGCCACCCAAUUGAUGGGCAAACAGAAAGGUCUCCUUCCUGGCAACAGAAUGAGAUUCAAGAUGACGCAGCUAAUUAGGUUUAAUUUGCUGGCCAGCAAGAAGCGCUGCUGCGUCACUCAGUUUUGCUUUGGAGAUUAAAAAAAAUCUUCUUUCUCUGGAAAACGGUUUUUUUUUUUUUUUAACAAAACAUAUUUAAUCUCAUGACAGGGGAAAGCUUUUUAUGUUGCCAUCUUUAGACAUUUUACUUUCCGAUGCGCAUCAUCAUAUUGGGAGACUACAGAUUGGAAAGUAGGGCAUCUCCUCCAUAAUGUCUGCUUGGAAUGCCCUAUACCAUAAUGCUCAGCAACAUUGGAAAUGGGAGCUCCUUCUUUGACAAGACCUGUCAGGUUACGGCAGAAGAUUCCAGAAUAUAGAACUGAAGUAAGGCUCUGGAAUGACACAAAAUGACUGCUGGAGGAAGGAGUACCGUAUAUACUCGAGUAUAAGCCGAGUUUUUCAGCACGUUUUUUGUGCUGAAAAACGUCCCCUCGGCUUAUACUCGAGUAUAUACGGCUUAUACUCGAGUUUUUUUUCUUCUUCUUUUUUUCACAUUAUACUGGAUAGUGCAAACUUGGCGGGCUUUUGCAUUAGCGCGGGGAAGCCCUGCCGGUGCAGUGAGUGGGCGGGGCGGGGGAGCCGCCAGCCUUCUCGGCUGAGGGAGGGAGGCUUUCCCUGACCGGUAGCUGCCUCAUUUCCCUCCCUCGGCUUAUACUCGAGUCCCCAGUUUACCCCAGUUUUUUGGGGUAAAAUUGGGGACCUCGGCUUAUACUCAGAUCGGCUUAUAUUCGAGUAUAUACGGUAACUGUUUUAUCUAUGAUGGGGACAGUGUUUGCCUCCUGUCCCCCCCACCCCCCCAAAAAAAUUUUUUUGGAAAAGCAUUUAGUGUUCUGGGGAGUGUAAUUCCCUUAAAUUUUGGGGUUUGUUUGCUACUGUGAAUAAUGAUUAUGAAGGAAAGCCAAGUUGCAUGAAAAACCACUCUCUGAAUAGUUGUCCUUAUUGCAAAUACUGGUUUAAAUUUAUAUUCCCUUCAUUGUCAUGAAGAUGAACAUCCAAAAUCAGUACAGUGGAAUAGAUUUUGUACAAAAUUUGUCAAAAGUAAGACUCCUCACUCCCACAUUGCUGGGUGUGUAAGAUAGGGGGGAAGGAGCAAACAAUUCUAUUUAUUUUUCCGUAAAAGCUCUGGUCAUCUAAGCUAUGGACUCUUGGGGGAGGGGAUCACUGGUUCCUACUUACAAUUUAUACUUAAUGUCCUUUCAUUGGGUUGAAUCCAGAUUUGCUUUUCUGUUAAUGAAAGGCUCUUUGGCUCCGAUUCUGCUGAAGCUCCCACUAAAAAAAGUUAAGAGAAAAUAACUUUUUAAAGUUCCCCUUUUGCAGUCUUCAAAGCUGCCUCCCAUAUGAUUUUGAAAUGAUCCCACAAUCUUCCAGAAAAGAUUUUCAGCCAACCUAGAGAGGAAGAUGGAUAAGGAACUGAUGAUAAGUACUCCUUCUUCUGCCAGUAGGAAUACCCAGUUUCAGAAUUGUGAAACUGGGCAGAUCUCGAACCUGUACAUUGAAGAAACAUGAGAAAUAAUUAUUUUUCUCCAUAAUGGUGUCUGCCUUAUCUCUAUACUAACUUGAAUGUUUAUUUAUCCUCUUUUAAAACAAUGUGAAGUGCUUCAUUUGGCAUGCUUGUUCCGCUACUGAAAUAUGCAAAAUAUGUGAAAUGUAAUCAUUAUGAGUGAUUCCUUAUUUUUGUACUGUGAGCUAAAUUUUUGACGAAAGAAAAUGUGAUGUCUUUGAUUAAUGGAAAUAAUACUGACAGAUUUCACUUGUAGCAUAAAGGUAUAACUAGUUUGAUUAGUUAAAAUUAAUACCGGUAUUUUAUUAAAAUACUAAAGAGGAUGUUGUAUAAUCAAGUAGUGCAUUAUUUUAAAUUAAUUAUAUUCAGCUCUAUCAAUAAUUGCCUGUAGAACAAAUUCCUUCACUCUCUUCAGCUCUUAUUGCUCUACUCAAAUCUGUGGUGAUUCUAGAGAAGAGGAGAGGAUGGAGAACUUCCCUUUUCCAAAAGGAAAUUAAUUAAUGUUUGGAUACUGCUGAAUGCAUUUCUUUUCAUUCGGGUAUUCUAAAAAUUGUGUAAAGUAAGUGUCACCUUAAAGAGGCAUUCUGCUUUUACACGCACUGGAAGGAAUGCCUCUUCUCAGACUACGCUAGCUGUGGCACAUUUCUGUGUCGGUUAAUGACUACCAAUGGAUGUUUUGUUUUGUCUCAGAGUGAUAGUUUUAUAACAUGGAAAUUUACUUCGUGAUUAAUUCAUAUUAUCAAAAAGGUUUUAUUUAGACAAAUCAGAGAGCUAUUUAUUGAAUUGUAUUGAAAAUUGUUCAGAGAUUUAAAAAAAAUAAAGCGUGUUAUUUUAAAGCAAAGUAUUUUCUUCAUUUUUUGUAGUAAUUAUUCAAAUGGUAAAAUAAAUUCAAAACAUGGAAUAUUUCAGGCUAAUCAAUUAUAAACAUUGGGAGAAGAAAAGAGGAAUGCAGCUAAUACCAGCAGAGAGCAGACAGCAGUGAUAACAAAAACUUUCAAGCUCACCAUUUUUACUUUUAGAAUUUCAUCCUUCCUGCACAGCUAUAAUGCUGGAUAAUAUUUCCUGUACAUUUUAUUCCAAAUUAAAAAUUACCCAAGGAAUCAUUGGUGAGCUUUUGGGACAAAUGACAGUAAUCUCUUGACAUUUCAUGAGCAGUUGCAUCUAGCAUCUUCAAGGCAGAGUAAGGAACUGAUUGGUUGAACUGGCGAGCCGAUCCAUAGUUGAUCCAUGCCAUAGGAAUCCAAAAAAGCUGGUUCCUGAUUGGUUCAAAAUAGAUCAAAUAGUUUCAAAAUGGAUCAACCAGAGGAGGAAUCAGGGAUCAGCAUAUCAGGUUCUAAUAUAAGAGCUUGGUCAACCCAUUUCAGUUGCCUGUGUGUGGACCAUCUGAGAGGUAUAGUACAAAGCAGCUCACUCUGUCUCUGAAGAUUUAUUUAUUUAUU